CACCACCAAGUUGAAAUAAGACAUUAGAUAGAGGCAUAUGUGGUUAAGUUUAUCUAAUUUUGACUUAAAGUUUGUUAUCUAGGGAAACAUAAGUAAAACCUAUAAAUAUAUGUUUGUUUACGAAAAAAUUAGACAAUUGGGAUUGAUAAUUUCACCAUAAGUUCAUGUCAUAGACUUUAUCUAUAAUGUCUGAAUGCAGUGAUGUUAAAGUCACGCCACAAAAUGCCGCACGUCCACCACCAAUAGCGCUUGGAAUAAACGUGGAAAAACCCAAGUUCCCUCAAUAUGCCUUGGUUUCUAAACGUUUUGAAUCUUACAAAGAAUGGCCAGAGUACAUACCAGUAGGCAAAGAGGACCUGGUAGAAGCCGGAUUAGUGUACACAGGUGUUGGAGACAGUGUGAGAUGUUAUUUCUGUGGUGGAGGUUUAAGAAACUGGGAACGUGGCGAUAUUCCGCUGGAAGAGCACGCCAAGUGGUAUCCAAAGUGUCCCCAUAUAUUACUUGUUAAGGGACAAGCAUAUGUUGAUAAACUAAGUCGUGGUGAAAAGCCGGACGUAGAAGAAGUUGAUAAUACCAAGCAGCCUUCAUCCAUUGAGACUAACCAUCUGGGAAGUGUUGCUGCAAGGAGUUGUAUUGAAAUGGGUUUCGCGGAAGAUAUGGUUAGAAAGGCGAUCCACAUCUAUAUUGAAAAACAUGGCAAUACUGAUUUCAAAGGAGCAGACAUUUGUGAAAUUCUGUUUGACCUCGAAGAAAAUCAAGAUGUGACAGUUCUCACUGAUAAAUUAGAUGAAAGCUUCAUAGAUGACAGUGACAAACUAGAGCCCCUUGAGACGCUUCUUGAAGAAAACCACAGACUUAAAGAGAACCAAUUGUGUAAGAUAUGUCUGGAAAGUCGCGCAGAUGUGAUUUUCCUUCCGUGUGGUCAUAUGGUUUGUUGUCCACAGUGUGCUCCGGCUCUCACAAAAUGUCCAGUUUGCAGGCAAACUGUAAACGGACACAUCAAAGCGUUCUUUGCAACCACAUGUAGCAGUAGUCAGGAGGACUGAGGCAUAUGUUCAGUUAUUUUCUGAUAGUAGUAAAGAGAACGAUCAGCAUUUCGGUCCUACUGACUCGUAGAAAUUGCUUUCCAAGACUCAUUUGAAGAUGCUUUGAUUAUUACAAAUACAAAUUCUUUGUGUAAAUGUGUGUUCUAUAUGCGUGUCUGAUGUUACAGAUUUUCUAAAUAUCACGCAUUCUCAAAACUUACAAGAAAGUUGAUUAGAACAGACCUAAACUUUGUGAAGUUCAAAAAUGUGAUUUCUUUCAUUCUAUGAAUAUUAUUCUUUCGUUUCAUGGGUUGUUGUCAGGAAUAAAAUACAUAUGUGUGUAUCGCAA